AUGGAGAAAGAAGGGGAGCAAUCGAAUGCGUCGAAGAAGAGGGUGGUGGUGGAGUCAUUGGGAUGGAUAACGGAAUCCUCAAUCAUGCCUAGAAAGCAUCGGGCUAUCGAGGGAGUCGGGCCAUCCUCAAUCCUCGAGCUCAAGGCGCAACUCUACAAGUCACAAGAAGAAUCUAAGCGCCAAUCCAAAGAGCCCAUCCACUCCGCAGAUAAUCAGUACGGUCACCAUCUUGAGGUCCACCGCGCCAGGAAGAAAAUCUCCGCUCACGAUCCCUUCUCGCAAAAGAACUCCGGCGUAGAUGCCCGUUCAUCCAAAGACAAGCUCGAGCUAAAAGCUGUCAACGACGGGUCAGCAAGUUAUGCAGCUUUAGAGAGAAAAGCAGAGUUAUACAAUAAGCUGGUGAGGGGCGAGCUUUCCGAUGAAGAAGAAAAUGAGAAGUACUGUGUUGAUUUUUUCCGAAAGGGUAUUGAACAUGAUGAGCCCCAAUUGCCUCGAGAACAUGAUACUGAUACGCAUGAAGCUCGAAAUGAAACUGGUGACUAUGAUGAUAUUCUGCCCAAUACGAAACCCACAGGGCUUGGCCUGGCAGAUGCUACCGUAGACAGGAGUGAACAUAAGCGAUUUGUGAUGGAAGUUCAUGAAGAAGUAAAUCAAGCAAGGGAAAACAUGUCUCAACUCAAGAUGCGCAGACAAGAUCAGAUUGCUGCUCGUCGAGAGAAAUUAAAGCAGGCUUACCUCCGCAAGCAGCUCGAGAAAUUGAAAGCAUCCAAAACAGACCAAUCCUGA